UGGGACAGCUGAACUACGUCACAACCAGACGUAGAGGAUGCUGGGGCGAGAGGGCAAAGAUGGCGCGCUCCACCAACAUGGGACGUGAAGGGAAAGACACAUCUCAGGGUAGAGGCGCUUCUAACGCAGAUCUCUUACUACACCCCGAGCUCCUGUCUCAGGAGUUUAUCCAGCUGGUUCUGAAUGAGAAAAAGAUAACCAGUGGAGACGAUGGGAGCCGCGACCAGCUCACGGCUCUCUACCUCCGGCACGUCAUCCCCCUCCCGCAGAGAGCGCUGCCAAACAACCGCUGGGGAAAGAGGAUGGCGCAGACUCGAGCGCGACAGAGCACAGCCAGUGGACAGUCUCGUAGCUUCAGUGAUGACCACAACAGGAAGAGGCCUCUGAUUGUGUUCGAUGGCAGCUCCUCUAAAAGUGGCCCCGUCAGACUGAAAAAGCCAGAGGGUCAGACCUCGGGUUCUGGCGUGACAGAUAGAUUCAAGCCCCCUCCCUCCAUGAACCUCUUCAGCCCCAUACGCAAGCUGUCCAGCACCACCCCUAGCCCCUCGUCCUCCCACAGCCCAGGAGGCCCCCAUAGGAGUCCCACUGGGAAUAAGGGUCUGGGGAGCCCCCCUUCCUCCCCCAAGUCAGUUCAUCUGAAACGGGAGGCAGACAGCUCGGGUGAACUGAAGGAAAAGAAAAAGAUCCAGAAAGUGACCUGGCCCUGACCCUGGACCGUACUGAGAGACCCACCACUCCACUAUAGAGCAGUGAUGAGCCACCUCACACUGGGGCGUUCUCUGCCAGAGUCAGGACAAUCACAGAACUACUCUCUGACCCUUUACCUGACCCUCAAGUGUCCUUACAGUGAGUGCUCUGCUCCUGGGACUUUACUGACUCUUACUGCAGACUUGACACCACAAUAUUUCUAUGUUCAUAAGUAGUUUGUGGAAUAAGCAGUUUAACCCUCAAUUCUGCUCUAUGCAUUAUAAUUCUGUGAUGUGACCUACCUGAAAUCCUCUUAGAAUAGUUAGAGUUCAGCCUUCCAGUGCUGUUAGAGGUUGAGUUGAGGAGAUUGAUGGUGUUUAACUUGAUAGGAAAACUUUGGGUCUACAAUGCUAAGUUGUUAUGCAUCUUCAUACGUCUGUGUGGCCGUACCAUAUCCGCAGUGGGGCAUGACGGGUAAGGGAUUUCUCCGGGUUUUGAUACUGAUUUAGAUGGAAUCCUCAGUAGGGGGAAACAUUGUCACUGGCCGCCCCACCACAGUUAUUGUUCCCGAGGUGAGGAGCAUCUUCAUUGCAGUACAUAUUGCGCUCUUCUGUCGCGUGUGCAAUGAUGUCGGGGGGGACAGUGUUUUGUUGUUUGCAGGAACUUCUUUGUUGCUGUUUCACCAUUUAAGGAUUCCAGCUUUAUUGUAUUGGUACUGUGACACUUGCAUUUGUAAUGGGAUGUUUAGCUCGUGUGCCUUGCCUUGAGUGGGGGUGCAUUUGAAGUGAACCACUAGAUGGUGCCAGAGACUCAGUCCUGCUUGAUUUGCAAGUGCCUGAGAAAGGCUUUACUCCUGGUCUAGGAUCAGAUUAGCCAACCAUGAAUCCUACUCUUAACCAUUAAGGCAUCAAAGCAUACCUGACCCAGGACCUGCAGUUAGGGGCAACUUGUACUAACGCAAUGGCAUUGUUCAGCUUUUCCCCAAAUGUAUUUAGCUGCCACUACAUUCCUAUAAUGUAGAUGUAUAGAGGGAGUGCCCAUCCACUGCCCCUUGUUGGACCCCAUCCUCUAACUCUGCCACCGCAGCUAAAAAAAAUCCUAGAGGAAACACUUAACUUCAUGUCACUUCCUUAGUCAUAGAAGGUGUACAGCAGUUGGUGUAUUUUUAUACUUCUUUAUUUGGACUUCACACUGACUUCCUGUCAGAGCCCUUGGAAAAUGACUGAUAAGAGACAUGUCUUAAUAGGCAUGGCUCAUGGUUACCAAGCAUUUGCACCAGUGUCAGUCAAAUGUAUACGUGUUGGGGGUGAUAAUAAACAGAGCUUAAAAACCAAA